CAAGUCUAGCCGCCCAAAUAAAGUCCCCCCCAGACUGUUUGUCGAGAUGAGGUCUGGGAUCCAGGAUCUUUGAAGAUUGAUCCACGCCGAGAAGACCAAGCCUUCCAUCUUUUCCGUCAUGAUCAUAUCAUGGUGCGUCCGCCUAGAAUUCAAAAUCACCAUGUAACUUGCUUGAUGUAAUCCUGGUCAUCGUCCUGAGCGUUUCAAUCUCCAUGUCAGCCACAUGUCGGUCACAGUGAAGCAUCUCAAUGCUGACUCGACUUUCCUCCUGCGAUUCUCGCCCGAGGCCAACUCCGAUGCUACAGACUCUACGUCAAGAACCAGCACAUUCUCGGUCCUGAUUGAUCCAUGGCUGACUGGUCCAUCCAUCGUCACUGCUCCAUGGUUCGCAAAGACGGAAAGGAAAGUUCCCAGUGCCAUCCAGCAUCUCUCAGAAAUCGAGGAACCCGAUGUGGUGAUCGUAUCACAGAACAAACCGGACCACUGCCACAAAGAAACCCUGCUUCAACUACGUCCGGAAAGCAAGACAAUCAUUGCUGCUGAACCAGCCGCAGCAAAGACAAUCAAAAGUUGGAACUACUUUGACCCCACCAGAGUACACGCCCUCAGGAAAUAUGAUCACAAGUCCAAAUUCGGUCGCUCCUUACGAGUACGCAUACCGCCUCUAUCGCCAGACGGAUUACCUGGCGAAGUCAAUAUCGCUUUCAUACCUGCUAAAAACUAUAUGACCGGCCUUCACAACGCGUUUGGGAUCACAUAUCAGCCACCUACUCACACCAAGGCUACUGCACCCGUAGCCACUGUUGACCUGCCGAGAAGUACGAGAUACUUCCACAUGCCUCUGACGCCGGCGACUUUGCCACCAUCAAGCCCGACUCUGCCUAUGUCGCCUCUGGCAACAAGACCGAUGUCGUUCGACCAACCUGGAAGAGACCGCUUUUCUAUGCAGACCACAGAAGCUUCGCUAGCGAGAAGGCAUCGCCCUAGACUGUCCAAGUCCUCGAACACGGCAUCUUCGGAGCUUCUGCCAACGUCUGAACAGCCUGUCGCUCGAAUAAACCCAGAUGCCCAUGCUGAGGACAUCGUUCAACAAACGGUGACCUUGUUCGAGCGAUCGCCACGACUCGAUGUCCCUUUCCACUUCGAGCUAGAGAAGCUACCAUCCAAUCCCGCCAACACCUUACCUACUCCGCCAGACUCUCCAGCUCUCACCCAAUCCACACUGAAGCCUGUCUCCACCGUCGGAUCUGCUAUGUCGCCUACCAGUCCGGUCUUUCCGCAUCGCAAAUCAUUUGCAUCUUCCCAUUACAAGACCCUUUCCAGUGCAUCAUCCAUGCCAAAUAUGUCCCCUGUCACGCCAGCUCGGCCUAAAGCAAUCUCAAUCGUCUAUUCUCCACACGGUCUUGCGCUUUCCGAUCUGCAACCGUACGUACAGAAUCACCUUGUUCGCCUAGGUGCUCUUCCGCUGACGCUGUUGUUUCACUCUUUCGACCGUGCUGAGAACCCAUGGUACCUUGGGGGCAACAUCACGACAGGUAUGCAAGGCGGAGCCCAGAUUGCUCGCGCAUUGAUGGCCCGAUGCUGGAUCAGCGCUCACGAUGAGGCAAAGGACGAUCGCGGGCUCAGCGUCAAAAAAUUGCGGGUGCAACGGAUUACCGCGGAUGAAGUGAGGAAGCAUCUGUGGGAAGGAGAAGAAGGCGAGUGGUUGAAGAAGAAGGGCUGGAGGUGCGACGUCAGAAGUCUCGGAAGCGGCAGGGAGAUGAUCGUUGGUCCGGCCAGAUAUAAUAUGUAAUAAUACCCAACCAUCUAUUAGCGAUAGCAUCUAUUUCAAACCAUCUCGCACUGAGGUCUGCAAUCAGUUCCUGGCGAGCCUAUUUCCAGGAAAAGUGGCACUGUCUGACUGCUGUUGCUCCUCAGGUUCAAAUAGAUACCUUCCAUAUUGUCAUCCCGGAGGCCUUCGCAUACGAGGAUAUAGCGUUAGUCUUUCACAGCGGGUAGACCAUCAGCUCUAUCG